AUGCCAAAGAACUACCAGCACAUCUUGGCCUUGGCGUUUGCUAUAAACGAGAUCAACAAGAAUCCCAACAUCUUACCAAAUAUCACUUUGGGUUUCCACACCCUCAACAGCUACUAUAAUGCAAGGAUAACUAUUAAAGCCACCCUGAGUUUGCUUUCCAAGCAGCAGAAGUUUGUCCCCAACUUCAAGUGUGGUAUUGCAAAUAAUCUGAUAGCUAUUAUUGGAGGACUGGACUCUGAGACCUCAGUCAAUAUGGCCACCAUUAUUGCCAACUACAAGAUGCCACAGCUGCAUAAUUUUCUAAGAAGCAUCACAUUCAACAACAGUGCUGAUGAUACCAUGCAUUUCAAUGAAAAUGGAGAAAUGAAUGCUAGCUUUGAUGUUACAAACUGGGUAACUUUCCCAAAUGGCUCCUUCAUUAGAGUAAAAGUGGGAACAUUUGAUCCUUGGGCUUUUCCAGGCAAAGAAUUAACCAUUUGUGAUGAUCAGAUUGUGUGGCACAGAACAUUUAAUCAGGUUCUACCACUUUCUGUGUGCAAUGACCACUGCCUUCCCGGCUCCUGCAAGAAAAAGAAAGAGGGAGAAAAAUUUUGCUGCUAUGACUGUGUUCCAUGUCCAGAUGGGAUGAUCUCGGAGCAAAUGGACAUGACUAUCUGUGUAAAAUGUCCACAAGAUCACUAUUCCAACUACUAUCAAAAUCAAUGUGUUCCCAGGGAUAUCAGCUUCCUCUCUUACAAAGAACUGACAGGAGGCAUCUUAGCUACUUUGGCUGUUUCUUUCUCACUGGUCACAGCUUUGGUGCUUGGAACAUUUGUGAGGCACCAGGACACUCCCAUCGUCAAAGCCAAUAACCAAAGCCUUACUUACAUUCUUCUAAUCUCCCUUGUCCAUUGCUUCCUCUCUUGUUUGCUGUUCAUUGGGAAGCCUGGAAAGGUGACCUGCCUUCUCCGACAAAUUACUUUUGGCAUCAUAUUUUCGGUAGCUAUUUCAAGUGUGUUGGCCAAAACCAUUACUGUGGUUCUGGCCUUCAUGGCUACUAAACCAAGGUCUAGGAUAAUGCCAUUGGUGGGGAAAAGACUGGCAUAUUCUGUAGUCCUUUCCUGCACCCUUGUUCAAGUAGGCAUUUGUGUCUUUUGGAUAAGCAGUUCUCCUCCAUUCCCAGAUAAAGAUAUGCUCUCAUCGUCCAGGAUAAUCAUACUGGAAUGUAAUGAAGGGUCAGUUACCAUGUUUUACUGUGUUUUGGGCUUCAUGGGCCUACUGGCCAUUGUCAGCUUCAUUAUGGCUUUCCUGGCCAGGAAGUUACCUGACAGUUUCAAUGAAGCCAAGUUUAUCACGUUCAGCAUGUUGCUCUUUUGCAGUGUUUGGCUAUCUUUUAUUCCAACUUACCUGAGCACAAAGGGAAAAUCCAUGGUAGCAAUAGAAAUCUUCUCCAUCUUAAUCUCCAGUGCUGGCUUACUGGGUUGCAUUUUUGCACCCAAAUGUUACAUCAUUGCACUGAGGCCUGAGCUAAACAACAGGGAAUUACUAAUAAAGAGGAAAAAAUGA